AUCGUUUCAGGUGAUUUGAACAACGAACGACGAUCGUCGGACGAUAAUUUCCGAUAAAGGAACGAUCGUAACGAUCGCGAGGGUUUGAAAUCGCGCGGUCGUAAGCGUGUUUGCGAUGGUCGGCGUCGAACCAAACUGGCGGCAGCACCGUCAUCUGUGUAUACAUGCAGUUGCUCGCACGAAACAUCUCGCCGCUAGCUACCGAGUAUUUUGUCGUUUCUGUGUCGUUUUCGUUUCGCGAGACUUUUGUCAGAGAUCCCUGCGAACGGUCGAUAGUUCCGCCUUUGAACAGUUUCGUUACUUCCCGCGUAUCCCUCGUUUAUUUUCAUUCAUCGUUCUGACGAUAAUCGGUGGGAAAUGCGGGCACCUGCAUUAUCGGCUGUCGCUAAAAUUGCAAUUAUCGUGCAGGACAAUAGGUGGCGGUAGUAGUUUCUUUUAA